AUGCCCGCUGAAUUGACGGAUUCCAAGAUGAAACGACGAACGCGACGAAAGGGUACUGAAGACUUCUACAAGUUUGACAGUGCUCUUGCUCGAGAAGUCGAAGACAAACGCAGCAGAGUUCCCAGGAGAGGUGAGCUGCGCGGAAUGCAGGAGACUCAAAAUCAAGUGCGACAAACAGAUACCAUGCCAGUCUUGCCAGCGUCGAGGGUGCGCGUCCCUAUGUCCAAACGUUUAUCGACGGGCCAAGGCACACGCUUUGUACUAGCCGCAACCGAGCACCUUCAUCGAAAGGUUGCACGUCUUACCGGGCGAAUUCGCCAAUUAGAAGAUGCCUUAUCGACGACACAGGCGCAGUUCUCCGACACUCCCCAUCCGUUAUUGCAUGACGACUUCGCAGAAAGCGAGGGUUCACCCUGCGCUGAUGUACCUCUAGAUGUCUCGGAAAUGGCUUCGAUGACCGAGGUCCCGGAUAUGCACGGUACCCUUGCUGUCUCAGACCAUGGUGUAUCUCGAUUCUUUGGGCUUACCGGCGGCUUGGAGAGCUACUUCCUCGCAUCUUCCUGUACGUCACCGGUGAGCGAGGCCCAUAGUCCGGACUCUCGGCUUGGCUCCCUAAGCCCAACGUCUACGGUCUCCCCAGCGAACGAUCUGUCUGUUCUUUCCCAAGGCUUUCCUUUCCCCGUGACACGAAACGGCGACGAUAUUCACGAGGUCAUCCGGGACCAUCUGCCCGUCUGGGACCAGGCGCUUAUGUUGACGAACGUGUACUUUGGCCAAUUUUCUUGGAUAUUCCACGGCGUUUCGCGCGAUCAGAUUGACGAGAUGCUGCCGGUCAUCUACCGAAAGCAGAGUGUCCCGUCUUCAGAUGAGGAUUACACGGGUCCUCAUGAUCUUGCGCUUCUCUUUGUUGUACUUGCAAUUGGGUCCUUGGUGGAUGGGGAACGCGGCGCUGAACAAGCGGCACGCUUCCAUCAAGUUUCCAAGGCGGCGAUCUGUCUGCAGUCAGUCUUGGAGAAGCCGUCAAUUGUCACUGUUCAGUGCCUUCAUCUCAUGAGUGUAUACAAUGCCAUGAAUGGCGGUGAUGCGGCAAAUGGUACGACUAUGGAGACAACCUGGUCGUUGACUCACCUAGCUGUCCACUUGGCGCACACCAUUGGUCUUCCGAACGCUGGGGUCUUUCGAACAAGAUGGUUCAACGUCGUCGCAACCUGUUCGUUGAUCUUUACGUGGCAGACGCCUGGCAGAGUCUUCACACCGGUCGCCCCGCCCUCAUUCUCGAUGGCAUAUUCGGAUUGCCAUUUCCCCGAGUACGACUCGAGUCAUGGAAGCCCCAACGACGUCCAGUUUUGCAUCUUCCAAUUCCGCUUCGCAUCAGAAUGCGUCUCUUCUGUUUUAUCACAUACGCUUACUGCAGAGGCUCCCACUUAUGCGACCAUUUUGGAGCUGGAUCGCAAAGUUCGCGAAUAUCCUCUACCUGAGUCUCUGUACCCGCAGGGCGAUACACCGACUUCUUGGCAACGAUUCAUUCUUGAUCAUAUUCGGGAGUCAGUGUUGAUGUAUGUUCACAGAAGUUACUUCGCUCAGGCCCUGAUCGAACAGCCCGACAAUCCGCUGAAGAGUAACUACGCGACAUCCGUGCUGGUUACAAUGCGGUCCUCUGCGACUAUUCUUAGAUGCGUUCGAGACCAAUUCAACCAAUGGAAUAGCGCCUGUGGUAGAUAUUGGACCAUGUGGACUUUUGCCUUUUCCGCAGCUGUUGUCUUUGGUACCGUCGUCACAGGAGCUCCUCGGUCUCCACUUGCCGGUUCUGCUAUGUCAGAACUAAAUCGUGCUUGUGUUCUAUUCUCGAAAGCCGCAGUCCACAGCUCUUAUGCGAAAAAAGCACUGCCGGUCCUCACCAAACUCAGUGAAAAAGCCCAUCACGCCCUGGCAGCUGCGCAAAAUGAUGCCACACCUAUUUCUUCAGGAGACAGGGAGGGUUCAUUGUGGCCUAUCAAGGCAGAAGAUUCCACGGAUGAAGAUCUUCUGAUAUUUGCCGGACAUACCCGGUUCCUUUCGGCAAAGCGCAAGAUGAUGGCGCGCGACUUGUCUGCCUCUUCUCCCCCCAACGUAUUCCACUAUUAUGACGCCGAUCGUACGCCUCCUUUCACCGCAGAAUACCAGCAUUCCAAUACAUCCCAGUCCCAUUAUUCGUAUUCCUACGACCGGAGCCGGCCCUCCGGCCCACCGUCGACCAUGUCGAAUCCUAACUUUGCGUUCGAUUGGGCACAAGAGCAUCAGCAUCAGAGCCCUCAUCCGACGUCGAGUGUUCCUCCCAGGCGUCUAUCACGACCGCUACUGACUUCAGAUCGACCCGAGCAUCCGCGGGAGAUGUAUCUGAUGCCGCCGUCGUCUCCGUUAGGCAAUAUUCCAUCAACGGAUGUUAGCCUCCCUACAUUUUCAGUUCCUUCCGAGCCUUGUCUUCAGGAGCGGUGGUAUUCGUUUCUCCAGAACUCGGGCGUAAUGGAGCACGAAUCAUUCAAUUGA